CGUUCACAUGCGAGCCACCGACUCGACGUCAGCGAACAUAAUGCCAUCACCGCGCCUCCACCAUCUCUCCCGUAUGCUUCGGUUUCCUCGAGAUGAGCCUCCUCACAAGCCCUCUCUACCUGCUCGGGCCGCCUCUUCUCCUCCUCGUCUCGGUCCCUCUCGCCGUCUUCGCCUUUCUCACCACCACCCUCGCCGUAUCGCUUCUCGCGGUCCGCGUCUCGGUCGUCUACGUCGAGCUCGGCGUCGCGCUCCUCCAUGCGUACCUCUUCCCCGAACCGCCUAAACCACUGCCAAAACGGCCUCCACCGCCUCCGAGUUCCCCUCCGCGUUUCCGGAAUCGACAUGGCAGCGCGGCGAGCAGCGCCUCCUCCCAAGACACGGCCGUGCCCGCUGCGCGACUCCACAACAAGGCUGGAUCUUUCGCCAACCUCUAUGAUACAUCCAUGACUCGCGACUUUGAAGGUGUGGGCGGAUGGAGAGAACCCGGCGAUGACGAUGAAGAGGCGUUGUGGAUGGGCAUGAACUCGCGGUUGGAGCUGCCGGCAGCCCUGCCGACGAGGCAUCAGAGGAGACAUACUGGCGAGAGUCAGAGGUGGAGCUGGAGCCCGGAGGCGCUGAGGAUGAGUCCUAUGCAGAGCCGGUCCAGGACGCCCACCCAGACCGCCCAGACCGCACCCAGCGGAGGCGACUACUUCCCACCUCAACCGGCCGUGCGACCAUUGAGCACCGCGUCCGAACUUGCGAAGAGCGCACAUAGGCGGAAGACUAGCGUGGGCGGAAGUAGCUCGUCCAGCGUUGGGUCGAGCUCAAGGCAGACCACCAUCGCCAUCAAGGAGGCCGGCGAAUGAUGCUCUCGUCAUAGCCGUAUAAAUGAGCAUGGCUACCCAUUCUCGGCACCCGCGAGUGGCCAACAUGACCACGCCGUCGCAUUGUGCGCGUAGAUGACAUGGCGGCCAGCAAGCGUCCACCUGCCGACAACCGGCCCUCGUGUGUGCAAUAUACACGCUUGGUG